GCAGUGUCGCGGACAGCCUCUGGGCAUACAAAACAUCAAUCUGGUCUUUGAAUUCCGAUGAAACAGGCAAAUUCCAUCUCUAUUAUACUCUCAAGAAGCAUAGCCAUCGUCACAGCCGAUGAGCCGAUCAACACCGACGGAUCCCGCCGAGACCCAAUGAAUAUCAUUUAGCCUCAGCCUCGUGUCUUGAAAUAUAUCCCUCCAAGAAUACGCGAAAUCUUGGCUAUCCUCUAACGCCCUCUACAAGUACUCCUAUCCACCUGCUUCUUGAUUAUGUCUCCCCUCGCCGUCAAAUCCCGCAAAUAGUCGCCACGCCACCAUGUGGGCAGAAAAACGACAUCAAUCCCGCCUCUACGCAUACAAACCUCGUUUUCGGAGACGGUUCCUCGUGCUAGCCUUUAUCGCCGUUUGCUAUAUCGUUUUUAUCUACUUUCCAGAGCCCGAGUUGCCGAAGAAGAGGACACAUAAUUUCACCAGUCCGAAUAAACUCGCGCCCGAGUACGAGGAAGAAUUUCCCAAGUUCGUGCAUACUUCGUCGUUCCGGAAGGAUCCGGAUUUCGAAUAUGAAGCCAGGAUAGAUGCUAUGCUGCAAGAGGUUGAGCGCGCUGCGCUCGCGGAGAAUGGGGGUGAUUAUAGUGCCAAAGAUCGUAUUUGGCAGAUCAUGCCGGAGGUGAAGGAUCGAGGGUCAGACUCGAAGAUGCUGGAGAACAAAAAUAAUGGUUGGGAAUAUACACCUGCGACAGAUGAAUGGGCUGCUGCCUUUGUCGCUGAUACACUAUCAAAAGCGCCGGAAAUCGCAACCACAUACCAAGCAUACCCAUACAACGUCCUCCGCGCAGACCUUCUCCGUUACCUAGUACUGUGGUACUAUGGCGGCUUCUACUCAGACAUGGACGCCUUCCCUGCACGACCCAUCAAGCAGUGUCCGCCGCUUAAUCCGCUCUUCACCGAAGAAACCAACAACCACCCCAACGUCUCGUUCAUCUUAGGCGUUGAAAUCGACGAGCCAUACGUUGCGCCCAAAUUCAUGCGCAAAUGGCACUGGAGCAGGCCCUACGAAUUCAUCCAAUACACUAUGUACGCGCCGCGCCGCUUCAGCCCGAUCCUCCGAAAGACCAUCGUCCGAGUGCUCGCACAUAGCAGACAGCACAUGGACCGGUGGACAAUCAUUCCACCACGGUACGACGAGCCAACGGUCCUUGAAAUCAGCGGCCCUGGCGUCGUCACAGACGCCGUCAUCGACAGUCUCUCCGAGACACUGCCCCCGACACAUCCGCUAGUCAAUCUAUCCGUCGAAGCGGACGAGGGAGUUGGCGAUUUGCUCUCGUCUUCCGGCGUAACUCAGAGACGCGUAACAUGGGUGCCGUUUCAUAACAUCAAAGAGCCUGUAUAUAUUGAUGCAUCAGAGGCUGCGGAGGGGAAGGCCAUGGGCGGACUAGGUGUGCUGCCCGUUAGCGCCUGGGGGAAUGGACAGAGGCAUAGUAAUGCGGAGGGAUUCCGGGGGCCGAAUGUUUGUAUAAAUCAUCGGUUUGGGGGGUCUUGGAAGAUUAAUUGGUGGCAUCGCAUGUUUGGUUAGUAUAUAUUUGCAUAGUACAUAGGCAUUUACAGCAUUGUUUCAGGC